GUAGGAGUGGAUGUUGGUGGAUAUAAUUUAUUUGUUUUGGCGGGGAAUCUCUCAGAUAUACAAGACUUAGAUCUUGUAAAGGACUCAAUGGCAGCUUACAAUAAGACAGGCUGGAUGGGAGAGUCGGGUGCCAAUCUCACUGCCAUGAUGCCAGGUGUGAGACCCAUACUAACCGCUUAUGUAUACACUUUCAUGACACCAGAAAUGAUGGGAUGGGUCCUGAGUGUGGCCUCUCUCCUCAUCAUCUCCACCAACCUACUGGUGGUGGCUGCUCUCUUUCAGCUGAUGCGUAGGAAGGGCAGUCAGAGCUGGUGCUUCGUGCUCAACCUGGCCCUGGCAGAUAUCCUGGUGGGCCUGGCUAUCACUGGCAUUGUCACAGACGUGUUUCAAAAUUACCAUACUGUGAACAAUGGAACUAUUCAACCGCUACUCCUGAUGCACUCCACACAGAAGACCAAGUGUUUACUCCGCAUGGCCUUCGUCAUCUCCCCCUCAACUGCGUCCAUCUUGUCCAUGUUCCUGAUCUCUCUGGACCGCUACGUGGCCAUCAAGCUGCCGCUGCGCUACUCCCAGCUCACUGGGAGGUGGACCGUGACUGGGGCACUGGUAGCGCUCUGGAUGGUAUCCCUUACCGUUGGCUUUCUACCAGGCAUGGCAUGGCAGCUCCAGCAGGGAGACUUUGAAAGCAGCAGACUUUGCACCUUCUUCUCUGUCAUCCGUCCCAAGGGCAUCAUUGUGGUGUUCUGUGUCGUCUUCUUCCCCGUCCUCUCUGUCUUCACCUACUUCUACCUGGACAUUCUGAAGAUAGCUUGCGGCCAUCAGAGGCAGAUCCGCCAGGCCCGUCAGGCCGGCUCCAGGCUGCCCCAGCGCAGCCGCUACUGGGGCCACGUCAAGGCCCUGAGGACCGUGGCUCUGUUGGUGGGCUGUUUCACCCUCUGCUGGUGCCCAUUUUUUGUGGUGUGUGCAGUGCAGGUGCUGUGUGAGGCCUGUGAGUUGUACAAGGUGCUGGAGAAUGACCUGUGGCUGCUGGGGCUGUCUAACUCCCUCAUUAACCCUCUGGUGUACGCCUGCUGGCAGAGGGAGGUGCGGCUACAGAUCGGGGCCCUCUUCUGCUGUGUUAAGGACAGGGUCAGGAACACAGCCGUGUUAGAGGCUAGUGAGAGAUGUCAGACAGAGCUGCGUAUACCCACUCAUACUGUUAUAUCUGUGGACGAUGCCAUGAGCCUGGACCCCACCUUUCCCACGGUCACCAGUGAAGAGGGCCACACUGUACAGUUUUCUGCCUCAACCCCCUUGUGAAUGACUUAGACAUUUUGAGAACAUCUCAUUGAGUUUGAUCGAACCCAUUUGGAAAAUGCUUAAUGUGGCAGCUUAGAGCUUUGUCCAUUUCUGGCAGAAACAGUUCACGUCACAUGUCUAGCGACAGCAACUAACUGACAAAUCAAUCAAAUGGGGAAAAAAAUAACAGAGUGAGAUAAUGGAUGUGGAGACAUCAUGGAACCUAAACCAUGGAACAGAUGGGCUUAUUUGCUUUUUUUCCUCCACUAACCUAAUUGAUAUUAUCUCUGCCAAGUAUGCACUUUGUCCCUCUCUGCAUUCCCAUCAACCCCACUGUCUAUGUGUGUCUGAGAGGUGUGUAGGUGUUUUGAAGGGGAACAGCUUUUGUGUGUACAAAUGGUUGUUCUCUGAUCAGUCAGUGAUUAUAUAUAAACAUUUUUUGACAAAGUAUUUAAUUUCUUGGGAAAGUAGUGUGUAUUACUACCUCCACUAGGGAGGUACAUGGGAAAUGUGUUUUAUUGCCAAUACUUCCUACAAAGGAUUAACUCAUAAUGUCCAUGUAGAAUUGCUUUAUAAUUUUCUCAUAAAUUACCAUAGUGGAAAUAUAUUGAUAAAACCUUGAUAUGAGGUAGGUAGAAUAUUAUUGUUUGAGUGGUUGCUAUUCAAAAUAAAUGAUAGAAUGCUUGGA